GGCAAGGUUGCGCAGCGCGAUGAAGAUCUUCCAGCGCUUCUCAUCGCAGCAUGGCGACUUCAUCCACGACAUGAGCUUCGACUUUACGGGAAGCGCCUUGCGACGUGCUCGUCCGACCGCAAGAUCAAGAUCUGGGAGAAGGACGCCCAAUGGCAGCUGCAGUACGAGUGGACGGCCCAUCAAGCUAGCGUCUGGAAAGUCACGUGGGCCCACCCCGAGUACGGCCAGAUCGUCGCGUCGUGCUCCUUUGAUCGCACGGUCAUCGUCUGGGAAGAGUCCAUGGCCAAGCCGCCGUCCCAAGCAUCCCUCAUCGCUGCCGACGGACAAGUAGCGGCACAGUCGCCGGCGUGGACGCUGCAGGCGCAGCUCACGGACGCGCGCGAGUCGGUCCACGACGUCAAGUUUGCCCCGCGUCACUUGGGCCUGCGCCUCGCAACCGCGUCGGCUGACGGCUACGUGCGCAUGUACGAGGCGUCCAACCCCAUGAACCUGUCCGAGUGGACGCUUCCGGAAAUCUUCAUGGCCGACGCCGAGGGCGCCACGUGUCUCUCGUGGAACUCGAACCGGUUCGACAUGCCCAUGAUCCUCGUCGGCGGCAACUCGAACGUCGCCAAGGUCUGGGGCUUCACGACGGCGCGGCAGUGGCACGUGCUCGCCGAGCUCGUUGGACACAAGGACAUCAUUCACGAUGUGUGCUGGGCGCCCAACCUCGGCCGGUCGGGCCACUACCUCGCGACGGCGAGCAAAGACCGCACGAUCCGCAUCUGGCGCAUGAAGCUCACGAGCAACCGGCAAGAGCUUAGCGAGAUCAAGCCCAUCGCAAUCAAAGACCACGGGUCGUUCGAGGUGUGGCGGGUGCAGUGGAACGUCACGGGCACGAUGCUGGCUUCGACGGGCGACGAUGGAACCGUGCGCAUGUGGCAGCAGGACCACCAGCAGCAGUGGCAGUGCGUGAGCACGAUCAGCGGCGACAUGUCGACCUAAAUACCAACAACAGUGUACAAGACCAACAUCCCCGGCCUCGCGCAUAUGGAGUCGAC